AUGCAAAUGGGAGGCGUGGCAAAUCUUUUAAACAGGUCAUGUCCUUUUGCUUAAAAAGGCAAUACUUGCCCCUCAGCUAAUUUUCUUCACAAAAACCCUUCAGUCUUCUCAGGCCUGUUUGGACAAGCCACUAAAUAGUCCUAGUAUACAAACUAAGGUGUUUCAGACAGAAGAUCAAUAACCAUCACAUUUUUUUCAUGUACAUUUGUUAUAACUUGCACAGUGAAGUCAACACACCCUACUAUUGUACUGCCAUAAUAUGCUCUGUUCUUAUGAGAUACGAUCUUUGCAAAUACAUAAGACUAUGUCUUUAGCUGCUUUUUUUAAAGUGUGCAUUAACUUUGUCCAUUGUGUCAGCCUUCCUGACACUUGAUCUUAUCAGUGACGCUCACUGAGUGCUCUAUAAAAGAUUUAAACAUUAGUUGUCUUUGAUGACGGCCCUUUUUUUUGUCUUUUUCAUGGCAGUUCGUGACAUCAGGCAUUUACUGUAACCUCUCAACAAGUAGAGACUUGAACGCUCCAGCAGAGGAGGUGCUUUGCCUUCAAGUCUGAGCAGCUUUAAAAUGCUCUGCUUUGGUAGAACAGACGUUCACAGUUGUGUCGUCUACUUACAUUAGAAGUCGUUUUGGACCCGGAAUCAAAAAUUGGAGAAUAUGGACAACUCCACAAACGUGGACACCGCAGACAAAAACUGUCAGGACAACAUCGACCAAAACCGAGCGCUGUACAUUUUCUAUUCUUCUGUGGUAGUGCUGGAGUUUAUCUUGGGUCUCCUGCUGAACAUUACAGUUAUCCAUCUCUUCGUCUUCAAGCUCAAGUUCUGGAAAUCUAAGACCAUUGACAUUUUCCUGUUCAAUCUGGUCCUGGCUGAUAUUUUGUUGCUGAUUGGAUUGCCCGUAAAGGCUUAUAACUUUCAGCAAUGCAGUGAACAGAAGGUAGUGUGCAAAGUACAGCUCUUUCUGCAGUUUCUCAACCGAGGAGCCAGCAUCGCCUUCCUGACGGUCAUCUCCAUUUAUCGAUAUUUUAGCGUGGUCCAUCCUGGGAAGAGGAAAGUUCUGAGGAUUUUGAGACUGUCGCCUCAGAUUUCUGUAUUCAUCUGGGUGCUGCUGGGAAUUUUGACCAUUCCAGCCAUGUUGCAAAGUUUUAUCAGAUGCAACAGCAGUGAAAAAGAUGAGAAAAUCAGUCCCAUUGUUCUACUGAGGGAAAUUGUGUUUUUUACUCAGAUUUUCAUCCCCUUUUUUGUUCUUGUGUAUUGCUCAAUACGGAUUAUCAGAAGACUUAAACAGAAGUCGGUGGGCGACAAGACUAAGCUCCGGAGAGCGAUGUUCCUCGUCACUGCGGUGGUUUUCGUCUUUGCUGUCUGCUUCUUGCCGUAUGCCUUAACAAGAGCGGUGCAGCUACAUAUCGAUGGGCUCGUGAUGAAAGAGGAAAAAGUUACUGUCGUUAAACUGUACGAUGGGCUUGUUUGUCUGUCUUAUCUGAACUGUCUGCUGGAUCCAAUCCUGUACUGCCUGAGCAGCAGUAAAUUUAAGAAGUUAUACAUAUCAAUGUAUCUCCCCUUUCUACUGGAGAAGGAACAACCGGAAAGUUCAGAAGAUACUGCAGAUGACUGAACUAAGUAAAAAAAAGAAGAUCCUUUGAAAAGGAUGUUGGGAGAAUUUCAAUUAGUUGCUUGCAAUUGCAUUUUAAUACAUUUCGAAUAGUAUGUGUGUAGUUGACACAAACAGUAUCAUGUCCAAGAUUUAUUUAUUUUUUUUUAAGUUUUUUUUUUUUUCUUUUUAAAAUCAAAGUCUGGAGUUUAGGUUAAAAUUGAUAGGAAUGUAUAAAUUACAGAAAUGUAUAUUUUAGGCACUGUGACCAUUUUAAAUCACAUUUGUUUUCUGCCUUCUCUAGUUCAUUUUAAAUGGCCCUGUGGUGUGACAGAUGUACAGAUAGUCCAUGUAAUCAUUAUGAAUUCAGCGCAUGACCUCAUAUUAUUUUACUAUUUAACAAUAAAUAAAAUGAUAUAAGGUCAUGAACGCUGAAUGCAUAAUAAUGACAAAACAAUUAGCCAUAUGCUUUUAAAAAUAGUUUUAGAUGAAGCAGCAUGUCACACUGAAGCAUGUCAAUUCAUUUUUUAAUUCACCCCCUGUUUAUGUGUCUUGCUUAUAUUGGACUUUCUGAUGUGAGUGAUUUACAUUUGUAAAUGUGACUAAUGAUUUGUAGUCUGGAAACUAGAAGCGCAUGAUUUAAGAAACUUCUCUGUCAGGAACAGAGGAUGAAAUGGGCAAGAUUUCCUGUUUUAAUUGCAUUUCAGAAUUUGUUGCAUGUGUAAUUAUGAUUUGAUUACUGAUAUGUAGAGAACAUGGUAUCUCAAAUUGAAUUUUAUUUCCAUACUAUUGUAAAUA